GGAUUUGUUCUUGAGAUACUAUCUCUCAGCAGGAAACAACAAAAGAAUCCAACUCGACACCCUCCAGACUCAAUCAACAGCCUCCAGGCAAGCACCGUGGUUUUCGAGCUGAGAUGGAGAUCGUCAAAGGAGAACACCAUCCUUGCGUUUGGAGGUUCGAGGCUGGUUGGUGAAGCUGAGCUUCCUUGGCAAAGUGUCAUGGAGGCGCCAGGAAUGGAAAUUGAGAAAUGGGUUGUUAUGAACCCAAAGAAUGGUAGUCUCCUUGAUGGUGUCAAGGCUCCGUCGGUGAAGAUUGGCAUGAGGGUUAGAGUUCCAGUUGCAAUGGAGACGAAGAAGAAGAAGAAGAAGAAGAACAGCAGAAAUGAGAAGACAAGGAAUGUGAAUUAUGAGUGUGCGUGUCAAAGACACAAUGGUGGCUGCAAUUUUUGUGAAGGAUAUGCUGUUCUUGCCUUAGUGGCUGCUUUCGAAGCAUUAUAA